ACCCCCUUUGAAAAUUUUAGAAUCAAUGAGUCUGCCACCACCACCUCCUCCUCCACCACCUCCUCCGGUGGCAUCAGUGCCGGCGCCCCCACGAUCGGCUGCCAACGCCCUAUUUGAAGAAAUUCGCAGCGCUGGCGACUCCAUUGCCUCUCGAUUGCGUCACGUGCCGGAGUACAAAAAGGUUUAUAAGUGGAAGGUAAAACAUGGAACACUGGAUAUGAGCGCUCUGGAGCUGAGGAAGAAGCAAGCCGAGAUGCGGAAGCUCAAGGAGUCAGAAGAAAGCGCCGGGCAGGGACACACCGGCGCCGCGAAGAACCAAACUAAGGGGCCCGUCUUGCUCCUGGAGAACGGCAAGCGCUGGCUAGUGAGUUCGCAUGUGGGCAGCCCCGAGCAGCAGCUGCGCGUGUGUCUCGACGGUGUGCAAAUGCAGCACACGGUUUGUGUUCAAGACUGCCGCUAUGUGAGCCUCGAGGUCAAGGGCAAGGUCAACUCGGUGUCCAUCGUGCACUGUCACAAGGCCCAGGUCGCGCUAUCGAGCGUCGUGUCUUCGGUGGAGAUCCUGGGUUGCACGGACAUCGACGUACAGGUAGCUGAGGCAGCCCCGAGCGUCGUCGUGGAGAACAGUUCGACCGUCAAUAUCUACCUUCUUAGUCCGGAGCAUUCCCGCGAGACGGAUAUUUUCUCGACACGUAUCACUACAGUGAAUGUACUAUUCCCAUCGCGGGAUGAUCCCGAGGACAUGGUGGAGCUCCCGCUGCCUGAACAGUUCGUCAGCAAAAUUGUCUUAGAUGGCAAAAAGGGGGAUGUUAUCAAAACAACGCCCAACAGACAUUAA